UCUAUUUAUUUAUUUGUUUAAGAAACUGGCACAGACUUAGCUAGUAACGCUGGAUUAGCCUUUAAAUCGCGUUCCUUGGAGAGAAGAAUCUCUGCGCACAACUUGAAACUCGAAGAUCUCUUUCUUUCUUCCACGUCCCAAACUUUCUUUCUUAUCCUUGAGAAUGUUUAGUGCUAAUUCAAGAGCAUGGAUCCAUCCUUUGCUCUGCUUAAUCUUCUCACUGGUCUCUCUGGACGUGGAUGGAGGUCCUGUGCCAAUGACUAUCCUGCAAAGUGCAGUGGCUAAAGGAGCAGUAUGUCUGGAUGGAAGCCCCCCAGCUUAUCAUUUUUCUCCAGGUUUUGGCUCUGGUGUGAAUAAUUGGUUGGUUCACAUGGAGGGAGGAGGAUGGUGCAGGAACGUUGAGGAAUGUGUAGAACGAAAAGGCAAUUUCAGAGGCUCCUCCAAGUAUAUGAAGCCACUCUCAUUCUCUGGAAUUCUUGGAGAUAAUCAGAAAGCCAAUCCUGACUUCUACAACUGGAAUAGGAUCAAGAUUCGGUACUGUGAUGGUUCUUCUUUUACUGGGGAUGUGGAAGCUGUUAAUCCAGCCACAAAUCUUCACUAUAGAGGAGGCAGGGUUUGGCGUGCCAUUAUCGACGAUCUGUUAGCAAAGGGGAUGAACAGAGCACAAAAUGCACUGCUUUCUGGCUGUUCAGCUGGUGGAUUGGCAUCCAUUCUGCACUGUGACAACUUCCGCAAUCUCCUACCGGCAAGCGCGAAAGUGAAGUGCUUUUCGGAUGCCGGCUACUUCAUCGAUGCGAAAGAUAUCUCUGGAGCAGACUCUAUCAAGUCCUUCUUCACUAAUGUUGUCAACCUUCAUGGAUCAGCCAAGAAUUUGCCUUCUUCUUGCACUUCAAGGCUACCACAAAGCAUGUGUUUUUUCCCACAGCAUGUGGUGCCUACGAUGAGGACACCUUUGUUCAUACUCAAUGCUGCAUAUGAUGCAUGGCAGAUCAGGAAUAUUUUAGCUCCGAGUUCUGCCGAUAGCGGUAAAGCUUGGACAGAGUGCAAGCUUGACAUCAAGCGUUGUUCUUCGUCUCAACUACAGACAUUGCAAGGUUACAGGUCGCAGUUCUUGCAAGCAUUGCCAGCCAGCAGCUCUACAGGCAUGUUCAUACUCUCCUGCCAUGCUCAUUGCCAGUCGGGAGAUCAAACUACAUGGCAAGCAGCUGAUUCUCCAGUGAUCGAUAAGACUAGAAUUGCCCAAGCUGUUGGAGAUUGGUACUAUGGCCGGAGUGCUGUCAGGAAGAUUGACUGCCCGUACCCAUGCAAUUCUUCGUGCCGAAACAUUGAUAAUGAAUGAAACUGAACUCCUCCCCUCAUUCAUCAUCGUCCUCGAAGAGCCUUAGCUCCGCUUUGCAAUAACGUUUAAGUUGGUGUGCUUUGUUUGAAGAAAAGGAACAUGUUUCAAUAUUUGCAUUUGUUGUAUUUAUCUAACAUUGCCUUGAUCAGAGUUGAUCUUAUGAUAAUUUAAGAUAUUUAGAUUCA